GGCAACACGUGUGUUCGGAAGCAGCACGCGUAGUACUGUGUGUGUGAUCGGUUAUUUACUUGUUAUUGCGUUUAAUUGGUGGUUUAUUUUUCUAAAACACUUUUACCGCUGUAAUGGGCGGACUACAAAAGAAGAAGUAUGAAAGUGGGUCUGCCACUAACUACAUCACAAGGAACAGAGCUCGUAAGAAGUUGAGUCUGAGUCUGGCUGAUUUCAGGCGGUUAUGCAUAUUGAAAGGAAUCUAUCCUCAUGAACCCAAGCACAAAAAGAAGGUCAACAAGGGCUCGACAGCCCCGAGAACCUACUACCUUCUUAAAGACAUUCGCUUCCUCCUGCACGAACCAAUCGUUGGCAAGUUUAGAGAGUACAAGAUUUUUGUGCGAAAGCUACGGAAGGCAUAUGGCAAGGCUGAAUGGAGUGGAGUGCAGAGACUUCGAGAAAACAAGCCUGCCUACAAACUGGACCACAUCAUCAAAGAGAGGUAUCCCACAUUCAUUGACGCUUUGCGAGAUGUCGACGAUUCUCUCUCCAUGUGCUUCCUGUUCUCUACGUUCGCUCGCACAGGGAAAUGUCACGUGCAAACCAUUCAGCUGUGCAGGAGACUCAGCGUUGAGUGGAUGAAUUACAUAAUCACUUCACGCUCCUUGAGAAAGGUUUUUCUGUCAAUUAAGGGCAUUUAUUAUCAGGCAGAGGUCCUUGGACAAACGAUCACAUGGAUUGUACCUUAUCAGUUUGCGCACAAUCACCCUACAGAUGUGGACUACAGGGUCAUGGCCACAUUUACAGAACUAUACACAACGCUGUUUGGCUUCGUCAACUUCCGCCUUUACCAGACUCUUAACCUCGUCUACCCACCCAAGCUUGAUGGACCAGGUGAAGCCAGUCUCAGAUCAGGUUGCGAUGAAGAUUACGCCCUGGAUUCAGAAAGCUAUUCAGAGAAACUGUCAGCGUUGAGUGCCAGUCUGGCUCGUAUGGUCCCUGUCAUGGAGGAGGAAGAGACACAGUUGGAUCAUUUUCCAGCUGAAGGGGAGGACCUGGAGAAGAUGGAGGCAAGGGAGAAGGAGGAGCUGGAGCGGGACGCGCAGAAAAAACUUUUCGAAGGGCUCAAGUUCUUCCUGAACAGAGAAGUUCCCAGGGAGUCGCUGGCUUUUUUGAUCCGGUGUUUGGGUGGGCAGGUGUCCUGGGAUAAAUCGCUGUGCAUCGGCAGCACAUAUGAUGUCACUGACGAGACGAUCACACAUCACAUCGUGGACAGACCAAACAUAGAUAAGCAAUACAUCAACAGGUACUACAUCCAGCCCCAGUGGGUGUAUGACUCGUUAAAUGCUAAGAUGCUGCUACCAGUUGAGGACUACUUCUUGGGUGUGACCCUGCCGCCUCACCUGUCACCUUUCGUGGAGGAGACCGAAGGAGAUUACGUUCCUCCUGAGAAGCUCAAACUCCUGGCCCUGCAGAGAGGAGAGAAACCACAGGAAGAAAAUGAGGAGGAAGAGGAUGAUGAUGAUGAUGAUGAGGAGGAUGAUGAUGAUGAACAGAGUGAGGAGGAUGAAGAAGAGGAGGAGGAAGCCAAAUUGACGGAAAUCGAGGAGAAGAGAACUAAAGGAAAGAAUUUGCCAGUGAAGGUGACCCCUGGUAAAGUGAAAGCAGAGAACCGCACGAAAGCAGAACAAGAGGAGAAAGCGGAGGAAAAGAGACUUGCCAUUAUGAUGAUGAAGAAAAGGGAGAAAUACCUGUACGAAAAGAUCAUGUUUGGCAAGAAGAGAAACAUCAGAGAUGCUAACAAGCUAGCGGCUAAGAGAAAAGCCCACGAUGAAGCCAGCAAAACGGACAAGAAGAAAAAGAAGAAGUGCUGACGGACUGAUUUUUAUGCGUGUUAAUGUGAUUUCAUCUGUCAAGAGACUCUGCAAGGUAAUAAAAAAAGUGACCAAUGAGAAGGAUUGAGAAAGCCCUAUUUCUUUCAUUUUUAUUAUUUUAAAAGGAAAGUUCACCCAUAAAUUAAGGUUAGUUUAGUCAUCCCCAUAAUGUUAAAACUUUUUUGGUGUCAAAAGAAGAUUUUAAGGAGUCUGACUGACUGACACCUCCAGUCCCUAUUCACUUUCAUUGUUUAAAAGAUGCAAUACAUGUGAAUUGAGACUGAGGCUGUCAGUCCCUGACAUUCUGCAUUUUGUUCUCCACAGGAGAAAGUAAAUCAUAAGGGUUUGGGACAACAAUUUGCUGUGUAAAUGAUGACAUAACCUAGUUGUUUGGGUGAACUAUUGUUUUAUGAGUCACUGAACUAAACAUGCCGGAUGUAUUUCAAUGACAAAUCUGUUUGUGUCCGUUUAUGUAAAACAUUAUUUCACAUUUCUCAUAAACAAGUCUAAUAAAACAAAUAAUCUAUGUAA